AUUCAUUCAUUCCCCCAUCGACCCACUCACCCCAACUUGUUCUCUUCUCCAUCCUUAGGGUUUUCUCUGCUCCUUCGAUUUUCUCUCUUUCACACUUACCAUCAUCCAUAUGCACUUUUUGAAUUAGUCAUACUCCCUCCAAAGCUUUGACUUUUGCCUACAACCCUUUCUGGGUCCUUCCCUUUCCGCUUUAUUCGCAGCUCCCACUUUCGCAAUUUCGCGUUUUGAUCCGAUCUGGUGCUCAAUUUUCCGAAGCUGCUUCUUCUAUCGUUGAAAGCUCCGAAAAGGGUAUGUUUUCUGCCUCUUACCUCGGCUCUAGGGUUAACUUUGAUGCUGUUGGUGGGAUUGAUUUCUAUUUGGGAUAAAAGGAAUUGAGACUCGAAUUAGGAAUUUUGGAAUUUGCUUGGCUUCAGGAUGCUUAGAUCACAGCUCAGGAUUGGUUUGUUCAAUUAGUGUAUUAGAAAUUGUUGAAAUUCAACGGGUUUUUUAGGUUUGACUUUGAAGUUUUGGGUUGUCCUUGGAAGCUUAUAAACAUUGGUUUGGUUUACUUGAAGAGGAAAACGAGUGGUGAUUUCUCAUUGUAGUAAGGUUUGUUUUGCAAAUGGAUAACUCCAAAAACAGGCAUAAUGAUAGUUUGGGUGUGAAUAAGUUGGGGAAAAAUAUAAGGAAGAGCCCUUUGCACCAGCCCAAUUUUGCUAAUAAUGCUGCUAGGCAACAACCUCAGCCUCAGGUUUACAACAUUAGCAAGAACGAUUUCAGGGACAUUGUUCAGCAGCUUACUGGAUCACCCUCCCAGGAUCCUCCACCUAGACCUCCACACAAUCCACCAAAGCCGCAGAGCAUGAGGCUGCAGAAAAUUAGGCCUCCCCCGUUAACGCCCAUCAAUCGGCCUCGCAUGCCGCCGCCAAUGCCCAUGCCUGCUGCCCCUCCUUCCGUUCCGUACAAUAAUGCCAUACCAAGACCUGCUCAGUUUGGACAACCGCCUACUCCGCCUGGGGAUAUAUGGUCUAAUACAACCGAGUCACCCAUCUCUGCUUACAUGCGUUACCUUCAGAAUUCAAUAAUGGAUCCAGGUCAAAGGGGUAACCAAGUUCAGCCUCAGCCACAUCCAUACCCUCAACCUCAAGUGCCGGGCAAUGUUCAGCCUCAUCCUCCACCAUUGUCUGCUUUGCUUCCUAAUCCUCCCAUUCCCAUGUACCCAUCUCUGAGAUUUAAUGGACCUGUUCCACCUAUGAAUGCUACAAACCCUCCAGUGCCUAGUCUUCCUUCACCACAAGCAAAUGGCCCUCCUCCCCUUUUACCUUCUCCAACCUCUCAAUUCCUCCUGCCUUCUCCAACUGGUUACAUGAAUUUGCUAUCCCCUCGGUCACCAUAUCCUCUACUGUCACCUGGCAUUCAGUUCCCAUCUCCUCUUACACCGAAUUUUCCAUUCUCGUCCAUGGCGCAGCCAGGGAUUUUAGGCCCUGGACCCCAACCUCCUCCUUCUCCGGGCCUUAUGUUUCCGUUAUCUCCUUCAGGCUUUUUUCCAAUCUCAAGUCCCAGGUGGAGAGAGCACUAGUCUUAAUUUGUGUUUACAGUUGCUUCCUUCUAACUGGAGAGAUCCUUGGCUUGUUGGUUGGUAUGUGAUGUACAAUCAAGCUUUUUACAUUAGGCAAUAUAUUGAAGAUCAGACAACACAAUUGGACAGUUGGAUGGAAGCUGUAAAGAUGGAAGACUGAUCUGUAGCUCAAAAGGAAGUAGGAUUACAGACAAUAUUUGUUGUGUAUGUUAUCUUCUUUUGUAAUAUAGUGGAUUACAUCUUAAAGUUCAUAGCUAAUUUCAUGUUAUCUUUUCAAUGUAAGGUGUUUUGAAGUACUGAUCUUAUGGUUUUUACCAUGUGAUUUGCAACAGAUAUAUUUUUACUUCUUCAGGAUAUCUUGUUCUUCUUAUCUUCAAAUAGUUCCUUAUUUCA